AAAAAAAAAAAAAUAGAAGCAAGAGAGGGAAAGAAAGAGGAAACAGAGAGAGAGAGAGACAGACAGAGAGAGCGCGAGCUCUUACGAUGCCGAGAAGACGAGCACAAGAGAUCUCAUCGUAAGAGCUGCAAGGAGGGAGGAGGUAAAGAGAGAUGCACCCGUACAAUCGGCUGUCGAGUAGCGGCCACAACACACCUUCACCACCGCAGUCGCCGCUCCGGUCCCCGAGGUAUCGGAAGGGGAAGGGCGGGAGGCCAGGACUUCAGCCUCGGACACUCGCGCAGCGACUCGCGUGGACCUUACUGUCUGUCUUCCUCCGUCGCCAGGGCGUUUUCCUCUUCGCGCCUCUCAUUUAUAUCGCCGGGAUGCUGCUGUACAUGGGCACCGUCUCAUUCGACGUCGUUCCGCAUAUCAAGCCUCGCCCUGCCCCGGGUUCUGUCUACAGAAGCCCCCAACUCUAUGAAAAGCUCCGGCCUGAGAUGGACUCUGAUAAUUCUUCCGCCGAUGGGUUGGUGACUGUGUGGAGGCACCCUUACAGAGGUGGUGAGUGGAGACCAUGUAUAAACAAAACAUUAGGAGAUUUACCUGAAUCAAAUGGCUACAUUUAUGUUGAAGCAAAUGGUGGCUUGAACCAGCAGAGGACAUCGAUCUGCAAUGCAGUUGCUGUUGCUGGUUACCUAAAUGCAACGCUUGUGAUCCCAAAUUUCCAUUACCAUAGCAUUUGGAGGGAUCCUAGCAAAUUCAAGGACAUCUACGAUGAGGAACAUUUUAUUAGUACCUUGAAAAAUGAUGUACAGGUGGUCAGUAAAAUCCCUGACUUCUUAAUGGAGCGAUUUGACCGCAACAUGAGUAAUGUUUAUAAUUUCAGAAUAAAGGCUUGGUCUCCAAUUCGGUACUACAAAGAUGCAGUUCUCCCAAAGUUACUUGAAGAACAGGUCAUAAGAAUUUCUCCUUUUGCAAAUCGUUUGUCAUUUGAUGCUCCACCAACUGUCCAACGCCUUAGAUGCUUGGCAAACUAUGAAGCUCUAAGAUUCUCAAAUGCUAUAGCAACUUUUGCUGAAACUUUGGUUGCAAGAAUGAAAGAACGCAGUGCAAAGAAUAAUGGGAAAUAUAUUGCAGUACAUCUACGAUUUGAAGAGGAUAUGGUUGCCUUCUCUUGCUGUGUAUUUGAUGGUGGAAAGGAAGAGAUGCAGGAAAUGAAUGCUGCAAGAGAAAGAGGUUGGAGAGGAAAGUUCACCAAACCUGGUCGUGUUAUAAGGCCUGGAGCAAUCAGGAUUAAUGGGAAAUGCCCCCUUACACCCUUAGAAGUUGGUUUGAUGCUUAGGGGCAUGGGUUUUGAUAAUAGCACAUCCAUUUAUUUGGCAUCAGGAAAGAUCUACAAGGCUGAGAAAACCAUGGCUCCUCUUCUUGAAAUGUUUCCCCUUUUACAAACAAAAGACACGCUAGCAUCUAUGGAGGAACUUGCUCCAUUUAAGAACUUCUCUUCCAGGAUGGCUGCUAUAGAUUACACUGUUUGUCUUCAUAGUGAAGUAUUCGUGACAACUCAAGGUGGAAAUUUUCCUCACUUUCUAAUGGGCCACAGAAGAUACUUGUAUGGUGGGCACUCCAAGACAAUCAGGCCUGACAAGCGAAAGUUAGCAUUACUGUUUGAUAAUCCAAAUAUUGGAUGGAAAACCUUCAAGCGCCAUGUGCUGAACAUGCGAUCUCAUAGUGAUGCCAAAGGUAUUGAGCUCAAAAGACCGAAUGACUCUAUAUACACCUUUCCAUGCCCAGAUUGUAUGUGCCGAGUGAACAAGUUGGAAGAACUGAGAUUCUCAUCAGUCCCUUGAGUUUCUUGAAAAAGGUCACGGAUUCUUUUGUUCCAGUACUGUGGCGUGCAGAUCUUGUCAUUGACAUUUAUUCUUUACAUUGGUGUAAUUCUUUUAUUCUUCCCUUCGGCAAGAGGCAGCGCUAUCAAGUUUUCAAGAUUGGGAUAUUGCAGAGCACAUUGCUCUCAUAUAUUCAUUCUUUUUUCCGGGAUGGAGCUUAAAGUUUGGGUUUACUGGAAGAGAGGAUAAAGCAGAAAAGAAUGAAGUCUUUCAGUGCAGUUUUCCCGGCACUAACUGAACAAUGAACUCAUAUUUCUUCUGCAGCUACUGUAUCUAACAAUGCUGCUACACUACUUGCAUUUGUAUGCAUCAAAUUUUGCCUUCGUGUGUAUAUUACUUGAUUUAAGCCACACAUCUGUGAUUAUGAUACUAGAAAUGGUUGAACUUUGUGUACAUCGUCAUGUAUCUGAGUCAGGGGAUUGAUUUGUUUGUUUGGGCCAUCAUUCUUAGUUGACAUUUCAUUUCUCUUGUAUUUAUCAUUUAUUUUUCA